GCAGCCGACAGUCGACGAAAAAGGUGGAUGAAAUAGGCUGAAUGAAAACAAUAAACGAACAAAUGCGGCAACAUUUAUAGGACUUAUCAAAACAGAAAUUAAAGACUAGUGUAUUUCAGUAUUACGCAUUCGUCGUGAGUGACGGAGCCCAGUGUUUCGAGUGUGGUAAUUUGGAGACCCGUGCAAAAUGGCUGCCAUGCAGUCGUCCGGCCGACCACGCGAGCGCCUGCUCUAUGCGUUCCGAGGAUGGAUAGCCUUUGUGGCGUUCAUGGACCUGGGAACCGCAUUUCGUAGUUAUAUCGAGCGAAGGAGCUUCCUGGGCGAUCAUAGCGACACGCAGUUCAUCGAGGGGGACUACACCAUAUCCCGUAUCAUUGGCAUGUACUGCCUGCUGAAGGCAAUCGCACUAGUCCACUGCACCCUCUACAUCCACUACAGACCUGUUGUAAGCAUGGGCGGCUGCUCUUUGGCCCUUACCAUGGUCUUCUAUGCCACUGAGGCCCUCUACUUUCGCUCGAGCACCCUCAACUUUUACGUGAUCUUCCCAUGCGUACUGAAUUCUAUUACACUCUUGGGACUGAUUUACAUACCCAGACGACUGCGCCUAUGGGAGCCCAAUAUGGAUCUGGAUGAUGAGAACUCGCAGUUGCUAAAGCAAAUGACGGGUUACAAGCGGAGGCGAACGAAAAAGCAAUAAUUUAAUGUUUAACAUGGACUUUAUUGAAUACGUAGGAAACCGAUUGGUUUGGGUUUCCUCGAGGAACAGUAUUGAGGAGAAUCGCAUAUUAUCCGAUAUGGACUGCAUUGGUGUGAUAGAAAGGGCAUCAAGUAGAGAUUAAAUUGAAUAGCAAUACUGAAAGCAACGCCAAAUUAGUGAUUUUCUAUGAAUUAGGUACGAAAGAGAUAUACGGUAUACGAUAAUCUCGGCAUAAGUCAAUUUCUGACAUAAUCACUUAAACUCAUGUUGUACUUCCUUUUUAUAAAUCUAUAUGACACAAUAGAUUUUUUUUGCACUUAAAAACGUUGA